AGCCGCGUCGGCGGGCGGCGCAGCGAGAGGUGGGCGCGGGCUGCGCCGCGCCGCAGCCCGCGCGCGCGAGCGCGCACCGGUCCCGCCGAAAUGGCGGCGGCCACGAUGCUGCCGACGCCGGGGCCGACCGUGCAGCCGCUGCCCAGGGAGAUCAUCAAGUGGCUCCAGAGUUUGGACCUCUCGUUCGCCGUGAAGAACCCCAGGCGGGAUUUCGCCAACGGCUACCUCACGGCGGAGAUCCUCUCGCGCUACUACCUGAAGGACAUCAACAUGAACAACUUCGAGAACGGGACCCGCCUGGCCGCCAAGGUCGACAACUGGGAGCUGAUCUACAAGUUCUGCAAGAAGAAGGGCUCCAAGGACGGCAUCCAGAUCUCGAAGCACUUGAUAGACCCAGUCAUCCACUGCGCAACAGGCGCAGCGGAGGCGCUGGUGUACCACCUGUACGGCAUGCUCACCAAGCGCCAGGUGCAGCAGUUCGAGAGCACGGCGCAGGCGCAGGCGCAGAUGAUCACCGUGCCGGCGUUCAUGCGGGACACGGCCUCGCGGCGGCUGAAGGAUCCAGAGAUCGACCGCAUCCAGGACCGAUACUCCCGCAGCAUCGGGCGGUCGAGACCCUGAGCAGCUACCAUUUCGAGAGCGCGAGCAGAAGGCGCAGGAGCCCCCAUGC